UUGUGUGACGCAGGAUGACGCGGCCUGGUGAACUGAGACACUUCGACGCUCGUCCUCAGUCCGUCGGCCUCUCCCCGAACUCGCUCCCGGCGUCCCUGCUGCUCCCAUCGGCUACCGACGGGCUAACAGACCGCGGCUCUAGCGUUACCGCUCCCUCGGUGGAUUCGGUCGGUACCGGGCAGCGACCAUGUCCGGAACACGCGCGGCUCUCGGUGCGCUCGCGCUGAUGUGUUUGUUGGUCCGACGCGGCGGAACCUUCAACCUGGACGCGCGCACACCGAGCGUGUUCUCCGGUCCCACCGGGAGCUACUUCGGCUUCUCCGUGGACUUCUUCAGCCCGCCCAAUGGCAAGCAGGCCGAUGUUCUGGUCGGAGCUCCGCGGGCCAACACCACCCCCUCCAGCAGCGUGGAAGAGAGGGGGGCGGUGUACAGCUGUCCCUGGAAGACCUCCACCUGCCAGCAGCUGCAGUUCGACAUCACAGAUGACAGGAAGAAUACAGAAGGAGCUCAGAUGGAGUUUAAAUCCAAGCAGUGGUUCGGUGCAUCCGUGCGAUCUGAUGGAGAACACAUACUGGCCUGUGCUCCGCUCUAUCAGUGGUCGACCUUCGGCGUCUCGGAGCGAGAGCCGGUGGGAACGUGCUACCUGAAGAAAGAGAGCACGGUGGUGGAGUACUCGCCCUGCAGAUCAAAGGCCAACUCACCUGAGGGGCAGGGCUUCUGCCAGGCCGGCUUCAGCGUCGACUUCCUCAAGAAGAACAACAGAGUGGUUGUGGGAGGACCAGGCAGCUUCUACUGGCAGGGUCAGCUGAUCUCUGAUGACCUCUCUGAGAUCUUCUCCCGGUUUGACAGCCUGUACAUCACUCAGUACGAAAACACACUCGCCACCAAGUCGGCCAUCGCUCAGUACGACGACAGUUACCUCGGUUACUCUGUGACGGUCGGAGACUUCAACGAUGACGGGAAAGAAGAUUACGUGACCGGAGUCCCUCGAGGACACAACGCACUGGGUUACGUGAACAUCUUCAACGGCCUCAACAUGGGCUCCAUGGUGAACUUCACAGGAGCUCAGAUGGCGGCAUACUUCGGACACUCGGUGGCUGCUUCAGAUGUCAACAAUGACGACUGGGUGGAUCUGUUGGUUGGAGCUCCUCUCUUCAUGGACAGAGGGUCAGAUGGAAAACUGAGGGAGGUGGGACAGGUGUCGGUGUACCUGAGUCGAGGAGGCUUCUCCUUCCACCCACCUCAGCUGCUCACGGGCUCAGAGGUUUACGCCCGGUACGGCUCGGCCAUCGCAGCGCUGGGAGACCUGGACAUGGACGGAUACAACGAUGUGGCCAUCUCUGCUCCGUACGGCGGCCCCGACCAUCACGGCGUGGUCUACAUCCACAACGGGCGGCCUCGGGGGCCUGACUCCUCCCCCUCUCAGGUCCUCCAGGGAAGGUGGGCGUCCAGUUACAUGCCUGCUAGCUUUGGCUACUCCAUGACUGGAAACACCGACAUAGACCAGAAUGGAUAUCCAGAUCUCAUAGUGGGAGUGUUCGGAGCAGACAAGGCUGUUUUAUACAGAGCUCGCCCAGUGAUCAGUGUCAACGCCACGUUGGACAUGACGCCGCAGAUCAUCAACCCGGAGGAAAAGACCUGCACGCUUCCUGGUACCUCCACGCUGGUGUCCUGCUUUACGGUGAAGUACUGUCUGAAGGCCAGUGGCCGUGGAGCUCCAGCUACUCUCAAUUUUCGCGUGGACCUCCUGUUGGACCGUCUCAAGCAGAAGGACGCCACUAAGCGCGUUCUCUUCCUGCACAGUCGGACCUUGCAGUUCUCCAAGAACAUGACGGUGUCCAACGGGAAAGCUCCAACCUGCGAGGAGCAGGAGGUCUUCUUGAGGGACGACCGAGAGUUCCGCGAUAAGAUCACUCCCAUCUCCGUGGCGAUGGAGUACAGCCUGGACCACCAGAGGGCCGCGGACCAAACCGGACUUCAGCCCAUCCUCGACAUGUCGGCGCCGUCCAACGUCACCAAGCAGGCCCACAUCCUGUUGGACUGUGGAGAAGACAACAUCUGCAAACCUGACCUCAGGUUGUCUGUGACAAGCGACCGCGAGCAGAUCUUCAUCGGAGACGACAACGCGCUGACCCUGGAGGUCAGCGCGGAGAACCUGGGGGAGGGAGCCUACGAAGCCGAGCUGCACGUCUUCCCCCCGCAGCAGGCCGACUUCACCGGGGUGGUUCGCAGCCAGAGCCUCAGCAGGUUGUCCUGUGCUUACAAGAAGGAGAACCAGACCAAGAUGGUGGUGUGUGACCUGGGAAACCCCAUGAAGGGAGGAACCAAGGUGCUGGCGGAGUUGCAGUUCAGCGUGCACCAGCUGUCGGAGGAGGACACCUCGGUGAAGUUCGACGUGCAGAUGGUCAGCUCAAACCAGUUUGACAACACGAGUCCUCGAGUCUCCACCGUCACCAAGCUGGCCGUCCUCGCCAAAGUCUCCAUCAGAGGGUCGGCGUCUCCCGGUCAGUUUCUGCUCCCGAUCACCAACUGGAAGCCUCAGAAGCGUCUCGUGUACCAAGACGACAUGGGACCUCAGAUUCUACAUGUCUACGAACUCCUGAACAGCGGGCCGAGCACCAUCAGCAAGGCGGCGCUGGAGGUGGAGUGGCCGUACCGCUACACCAACGGCUCGCUGCUCUACAUCACCAGCUACCAAACGGACGGGCCCAUGAACUGCACCACGGACGUGGAGAUCAACGCCCUCAACCUGUCGAACCCGCUCUCCUCAGGGAAGAACAUCAGCAAGGUUCCUCCACCCAGAGAACGAGAGACGGAGGGACGGAGCCGAAACAAGAGAGACGUCGAGUCCACAGACGCACAGAACGACCUGCACACUCUGGACUGCAGCACGGCGGAGUGUUUGCGUAUCAGGUGUCAGGUGGGCCGUCUGGAGAGGACGAAGAACGCCAUCCUCUUCAUUUAUUCCCGCCUGGCCGUGGACACCUUCCUGAAGCCGGAGAACCAGAACCGGUCCUACGUGGUCCACGCCACGGCCUCCUUCAGCGUCAUCGAGAUGCCGUACAAAAACCUGGUGCCGGAGCUCCCGUCCAACAGCACCACGGUGAGCGUGUCGGUCAUGUGGGUGGCCGACCCCCCCCAGCAGGUCCCCGGCUGGGUCGUGGCUCUGGCGGUUCUGUCCGGCCUGCUGCUGCUGGCGCUGCUCAUCUUCAUCAUGUACAAGCUGGGUUUCUUUAAGCGGGUCCGCCCCCCCCAGGAGGACUGCACGGAGAAGGAGCAGCUUCAGCCGGAGGAGAACGGGAACACGGACGCUUAGAAGACGCCAGGAGACAAAAUGUUAGUGCCAAGAAAGAAGCUCCGCCUCCGCUAAUGUCAUGGAUCAGUAGCUUAGCAUAGAGAUGGUAUGCUAAGCUACGUUAACCAGCUGCAGCUUCAUAUUUGCCCCGCAGAGCUCGAGAUGUUUGAACUGAUCGGGGAACUUAUGGACCACAGCUGCUGAUAAGUUUACGUUUUAAUGUUUUCUUCUUCUUUUUUUUACUGUUUUCUGACUUUUUUGGAAACAACAUUAACCUUAACACCUCUGUUACAUAUUCACACAAUAACACACGUCUGGAUAAGAACACAAGACUGAAAACAAAUGCAAAGAAAUAGCUGUUGAAAGAACCGAUGCAAAGGAUUUUGGGUAAUGAUCCCAGCUUUGUUUCUCGCAUGUGGGAUUUAAUGUCACAGUAAUAUAUUUACUCCGUACCGACGUAUUAUCUUUGCUUUGGGGACGUGGGGGCCGGUUGGAGCUUUGGGAUGCUGUUUUUUGUCUUUACUGUAUUUUUUCUGUAUUUUCUACGAAACCAUGACGAUAAUAACAAAACUUGGGUCUGGCUCAUUUCAACCGUUAUCGCGCACUGAGGAGCGCUGCUAAGCCCCGCCCACUGAACGAACGCCGCAGGUCACUGUGACGCCGUGAGAGGAGCCUCUUUGGAAGUGAUUAAACGUUACUGAGAGCCAGAGGAACCUUCGGCCUCAUUCAAAGGAGAAUCAAUUAGCUAACUAGCUAGCGGGUCGAUGUAGCACAGCGAGUCCUCGGUUCUUUUCUCCGACCACUGGAGACUUUUUGGGGCCUUGCGUCCUCUCUCCUCUUUGUUGGGAGGACGUUGGUCCGAGCGAGUCGUCUUCACCGGCGUAGCAACAGUAACUAAGGAGGCCGAGGCUUUAGGGACCAUCCGUCAGCUCCAGUUGGACGUUUACGCUUCAUUGUUUUAUUAUUAGUGAUAUUUUUCAUUAAAUAUUUGUGUGUGAAUAAAUCAUAAAUUGCACAAAAACGUUCCAUAAAUUUACCCAUAUUGGGUUUGCAUCAUGAAUUACUGAUCAUUUAAAAAUAUAUAUAUUAACCCAUCUAACAAUGAAAUAAUCACUUGCUAUUUGUUAGCAGAGAAUAAGAAGUGAACAAUCUUCACUUAAUGGGUCAAAGUGUUCUAUACACAUAUAUAAUGUAUAUAUGUGUAUAGAACACAUGAUGUAUUCUUUUAGUAUAAAUAAAACCUAAUAUCAGGAAUAUAUUAAAAAGUCUCUGUAAGAAGAUAUCAAGAGAUUUAUUGAUCAAACUUUUUUUUUUCCUUUCAAGAUUUUUAACUUAAAUCUUCCAAAUUCUGGAUGUUCUUGUAUUUAUUCUUUCUUUGUACCUUCGAUGACCCUGAUAGAUCGACAUAAUCUUCACAAUGCCACCGUUUACACUGUCAAAUUAUUUUCACUUAAAUCCAUCAAGUCGUUCCAGAAACCGAUCUAAUAAAGAGGUGAUUAAAUGAGGCGUGAGCGGAACAGAUCUGGGCUGUUUGACCUGUUUUCUGUUGUUUAGCGAUCACAACAUAUGAAAUAUUGUAUUUUGAUGUAUGUAUUCUUUCACCAGAAUAAAAUAUAACUUUCAUAGGAGAUGAUUUUCACUUUUGAACUGAAAUAAACUGAUUCACUGAUUCA